AUGGCCGUCACUCUAGGAGAAUACCAAGCGGGGGGACUGCGGAUGCUCGAUGGGGAGGAAGUCGAUGAGCAUGGCGUGGGGACGAUACCGCUCGCUGCCGCCCUCCCCAGCGGACACGCUCCCGUGAAAGCGCGUAAGAAGGGCGUGAUCGACAACAGCAAGGAGCAUCGCAAGGAGUACUGUCCCAACGAGCCAGCCAGCGCGCGUCUGCGGGCGGCGGUUGCAGAUUUCCAAGCUGCGUACCGCCUCACUGCGAACGAGCACGCCGUUCUACAGGCAUUCACGACGUACAUCAAACUCCCGAUGAAUGUACCGCGCGACCCUCGUUACGGACACACUCUCAAGCCCAACGGGGAACGCGAGUACGCCGACAUCGACACCUUCCUCGCAGAUCCACCGACGCUCGUCGCGACAUUCGCCGAGGUCUUCUUGGAUCAGUUCGCAUUCGACGUGGAUCGCAUCGCCUGUCUCCCGGCUCUCCUCAGCUCUUUCUUGAGCUUCGUCAGCGCGUCCGGGGCUGUGGAGGAGUGUACAAGUGGGCUGAGCAGGGCGUUGGAUGUAGUGCGCGGCCCUCUGCGCUCUUUUCUGGCUUCUGCCGCCCGGAUACUGAGUGCUCCCCACCUCGGCGCUUUCAACCGCGCCGCCCUCUUCGCUUUCGAUAUCUGGAUCGAUGCUCCUCAGUACGGCGUGUUGCGCUAUGUCGACGAUAUCGAGCGAGUGGAGGUCCUCGAAGAGGAUCGGGUGCAUUGCGAUGCUUCCACUGCUAACACACCCAACAGCCUCCUCUCCCCUCUCGCUAGAGACCAGGUGUACUCGCAGCUCCUCGCCAAAAGCCUCGACGACAUACCGUUACUGGUGCAGCACGCGGCAAUGAAGAUGCUAGGCGAGCCAGUGCAGUACACGCCCACCGUAGACACACUGCCCGACGCGGUGCUGUGCGAGUUGAGGAGGGUGUUUGCGGAGAAUACCGCCACGCACCAGCUCAUACUCAACAAAGACGGCGUACAAGUGCUCAACAGAUACCUGAGCGGGGGUGGGAGUGACACCAACAACGGCACCAACAACGGCAAUGUGAGACACUCAUACCGCCACGUCUUCAUCGAGAGAAGCGUGCGGCAGAUCAGCAGGCUCGACCGCUACAGCGAGGAUUUGUGGCUCGUCGCUCUCGAUUCUGUGGCGGGGAACGAGGAGACACGGCGAAGCAAAGCCGUUGGCUGUUCUCGCGGUGAGUCUGUCGGUAACUCCACACAUACCACGCACUCCGCCAUCGUCACUCUGUGGGAUACCUCUUUCGUGCAAUACGUAGGUGGCGUUGACGCACUUAUCGGAAUCAAGCUCGACGCUUUCUUUCACAAGGUGCAGCAGGUGCAACAACAGCGCGAGCAUGUGCCCGGACUUCCUGAGUCGUGGUGGGUGGUGAAUCUCGUCCAUGUAUUGAGGCAGCGACAGCUGUAG